AAUUCCUCCUCAGCCUAGUCUUCAGUUGGUGCCACCUUUAUUCUGAGACUAUGUCCUCUGGUCCCAGAUGCUGCGAUGGGGGUUAUCACUGAGGCAAAAUGACGGAGAGUUUGACAAGGAUUUGUUGCCACACCUGCUUGUUUCUGAUAUAUUUUGCUACGUGAUGUCGCCAAUUCAUUGGAAGGAAGAUGUAGGGCAAAUAUUCCUUUGUAAUAUUUAAGACUGUUAAAAUGGAAGUAAUUAGUAGAUCAAUUUCUUCUGUGUGAUAAUUACGCCAACAUUUAUGCUAUCCAGAUUUUUAAUGAAUUGUUGGUGGACUAUACCAGCAUGGCUCAUUCAUUUGACUCUGCAAGAAGGGAAAUGACCGAUUCUGUACCCAUCAGCAAUCAUGCUAGUGGUGCAAACACAGCAACAAAGUACCUGCUGAAGAAACAGCACAAGCAAGUGAAUGGACAGCCUCAUGAAACGCGAGCUACCUCACCCAUGGGCAGAGUGAUCCUCAUUACCGGUACUUCCCCAGUUGAAGCUGGUACUGAAGAAUGCAAUUCAGCUGAGGCAAUCCACACCAUCACAGUGGGGAAAGGCCUUGAUGGGAAGUUGGGAUUCAGUGUCCGUGGGGGCUCUGAACAUGGUCUUGGAAUAUUUGUGAGCAGAAUAGAAGAAGGAAGUGCAGCUGAGCAAAGUGGGCUCUGUGUGGGUGAUAAAAUUAUGGAAGUUAAUGGAAUCAGUUUAGAGAAUAUCACCAUGGGAAGUGCUGUCACUGUGCUCACUGGAAGCCAUCGCCUACGUUUGGUAGUAAGACGUUUGGGGAAAGUGCCAGGGAUCAAGUUUUCUCGAGAACUGACCACAUGGGUUGACACAGCAACAAGAAGGAUAAUAGCAGAAAAAAAUCAGGAUUCUGCAGACAGUGUAUCUGAGGAUGGAGCCAGGAGAAUCAUUCAUCUUUACACCAGUUCAGAUGAUGUAUGUCUAGGUUUUAAUAUCAGAGGUGGAAAGGAAUUUGGCUUGGGAAUAUAUGUGUCCAGAGUUGAUCCUGGAGGGCUAGCAGAGCAGAAUGGCAUUAAAGUUGGUGACCAGAUCCUGGCAGCCAAUGGAAUAAGCUUUGAAAAAAUUACCCACAGUAAAGCAGUAGAAAUCCUGAAGAGUUACACACAUGUGAUGCUGACAGUUAAGGAAAUUGGUAAAUACCCUGCAUACAAGGAAAUGGUGGCCGAAUAUCGCUGGUUGACUAAACUGACAAAUAAUCAUUCUCAGCGCUUUGGCUCAGACACAAAUUCUUCCACUUCAUCUCAUUCAUCUGGGACACCUUUGAGCUCCAUCAAUGAUUCUUUGCAGGUCUUCCUCCCCACUACCCACAGUUCAACUGACAUGGUAGAUGUAUGUAUUUCCACAGAGGACUCCAAAUCUCUGCAGUACAAUCGUCUAGAUACAAUAGAGACUGCAAUACAGACAGACCUCCAGCUGUCCCCAUCCUCAAAUGUUGACAUUUCAGGUGAACAGAGGAUAGGAAAGCCAGUGACAGAACGAAGCCGGACAUUUGGGCAUACAGUUCUCUUAAAGGAGACAGCCAUUAGAUCAGAGAGUUUUAAGGAAAUGCACAUUAAACAAAGAACUUACUCCACUGAGGAGCCUGCUGAUGAACUUCUGCACUCUCCAAAAACUGCAGUGCUGUUGGCCCUAAGCAAACCAAGGAAGCCAAUCAGUCGAUCACAAAGUUACAUUACGAUUGAAGAGGACAAGAAGAAAAAGAAAAAGAAGCAGAAGUUUUCUGCUGAAGGAACAAAGUUGGAACGCUCCAAAACGUUUGUGAACCUGUUUUUCAGAGGUGCUCGAUCUGGCAGACAGUCAAGUGAACAAAAUCCAGAAGAUAAAAUCAGGUCUAAAUCCCCAUCUCGCUCAGAAACAGAUAAAGCGACUGCUAUUCAAAAAUUCGUCAUCCGAAGUCUUAAGCGGGAUAAAGAAAGAGGUCAUCGUAUUAACAUUCUAGGCUCCCAGAGAGAUCAGUGUGACUCCUCAGCAGCAGACAUGUACAGCCAUGCGCUAGCUGUGAUUGAAGACAUUGCCAGGAAGCUCCUGAAUCAAGAUGAAGUCAAUGCAAUUUUGCGUCACUGUAAGCAGUUUGUUUCAGGUGGUGGAGUGGAAGAUUUGGUGCGGCCACUACUUUCUAUAUUAGAUAAACCAGAGAAGUUGCUGAUAUUGAGAGAGAUCCGGGCCAUUAUUGGACCAACUGACCUGGGCAGAUUUGACAGCCUGGUGAUGCCAUAUGAACUGGAAGCAUAUGAUAUUCUGAAGAACAGAGCAGGGAGAUCUCCUGUACUGAGGGCUGCUGACAAUGGACUGACCCCGAAGAGACACUUGAUCACACCAAUUCCAGAUCACAGAGGUGGCUUUUAUCUGAAACCAUCUCAGGAUUAUGAAAAGGAAAGAAUGAUGAUGGAACAAAUCAAAAGGCUGAGGGUAUCAAGGUCUCUGAAAGAAAAUAACAUUAAAUCAUUCACAGCUCUGGAUGAUGUGCCAGUAGAUUCAUACAACGCUGACAGUACUUCAUUUAAAACUGCUUCAAGCAGACCAGUGAAGUCAAACUGGUUGUUGACUGAGUCCUUUAGAAUUCCAGAACUACCAUCUGCUGCAAAGCUGAAUGUCAAUACCAACCAAUCUGAGCAGACUGGCAAUGGAAAAUCAAACAAUCAAGAAACUGUAAGAGAGAAAACGGAGAAAAUUAAAGAUUCACCAUUGUAUGCUGUGGUAAAUAAAUCCAAAAAAGCACGACCCUUAUUAGACCAGGUGUUUAAAGAAACUUCGCCAGUGUCGAAUAAUAGCAGAGAAAUGGAAAACACAAAUAUACACAGCCAAAAUUGCCUUGAGGAAGAACCAGUGUAUGCAGAGACUAGUGAAUUCUUGGAAAAUGGACAUGCACGAAGGAUUAACACUAGUGAAGAAAUAAAAGCAAGAUUGGUAAAAAGCACUGAAAAGAAAAUAAAGGAAUCUGAGUUGGUGACAGUCAACAUUUCCAAGAUGAAACAAUCAUUGGGGAUCAGCAUUUCUGGAGGGAUUGAAUCUAAAGUGCAACCUGUUGUGAAAAUAGAGAAGAUUUUCCCAGGAGGGGCUGCGUCAGUAAAUGAAUCUCUUCAGGCUGGUCAUGAAUUGGUUUCAGCUGAUGGAAAAAGCCUGCAAAAUGUCACACAUCGACAAGCAGUGGACAUAAUUCGACGAUCUUACAGUAACAAAUCGCUAGAUCCAAUGGUGUUGGUUGUUAAGGUACCUAAGAGCAACUGAAGACUAAAUCAUUUAGGACCAUGAUGGACUGUUAACUUAUAAACUGAGAUGAUCACACAAUACAGGCAUUUUUAAACAAAUCACGUGUCUUUCAACAACACUUCAAUUCAUUUGAAAUCUGACCCACUUUACAGCUGAUUUUAAAACAAAUUUACAAAAGAUUUCAAACAGUGAAUGGACACUGUUUUACUUCAUUAUUCAAAACAAGUAAAUGGAUCAUUACUUUCUCAACGUACAUAUCCCAAAACAGAAUAUGACACAGUUCCUUCUUCAGAUGACCAUUAAAUUAUUUUAUAAAGAACGUAUUCAUUUUCAUUACAAUGCACCAUUUAUUUAAAGUGUUUGCCUUUACGUUCAUCACAUGAUUUAUCUGCAACAUUAAUGUACCAUUUCGUUUUGCACAAGAAUUCUACACAACUGCACUGCCAGGGAUUUUCAUUUGUUUUUAAUAAUUGCUGCAAAUGACUAUGGCACAGUUGUGGCAUCUCCAAACUGCACUUUGUAAGUUUCCAUUCCCUCAGGUUUAGAAGAACAGUUGGAUAUUGAGAUAAUGUCAUAAUUUUUCACUAAUAUUUCUCCUUGAACUAUCCAGACUACUGCAGAAAACUUCUUGUAACUGUAGUACUGAGAAGCUGUUGCUUUUCACUGACAUAAGUGGAAGAGGAUUCAAGUAACUUGGUGCUUUUCUGUAAAGUCCAACUCACUCCCAUGCACUUUUUCCCUGUAACUCAUGCAGUAUCUGCAUAAAAUCUUUGUGAUACUGCCAAGAUGAAAGGUUUACCACUGUUAGAAAAAGAAAAUGUACAGGUCAUAACUUGGUGGAAAUUGCAGAACAUCACAUCAUAAGGUCACUUGAUCUGUGUCUUUUUACAUUUAAAUUAUUACAGUAAACUGUGUGUUAUGUGACUGUACCAACCAAAUUUUUCUACUAACUGGAAUACCUGGUAGCUUUGAUUCUUUCUAAAAUACACAGUCAUUUCCUGUAUUCAGGCAAUGCAUUUUUUUAAAUGCUAGUAAUGAUAA